ACUUCGUAGGCGACGCUCGAGAGAACAACAUGUUCUCCUGCUGUGUCCCGAUAUGCUGCCGACCUCCUCGUCGCAGAAGAGGCCAAAAUGAGAGUCUUUCCCGAGAAUAUAGACCUUGGUUCAACCCUCGCCCUCGACGCCUCUGGCCCUUUGCCAGAAGGCACCCACAGAGCUCCACACAACAGACCAAACAAGAGCUGUUGGAUGGAUUCAAUUUCUCCAUAUUCUUCAAAGAAGGGCACGUGCACCACACCACCAACCACGUCCAGUGCCGGUCUGCGGUGAGAUUGGGCACAGAAGGGUCUCCACAGACAGGACUUGUGAAAACCAAGUGUGAAAAUGAGAUCUGCAGGAUGCUAACUUUCCAGCCCGGCACUGGGGAGAAGCUGUUGGAGUCCCUGGUUCCAGCCUUUCUAACUAAACCCAUCUCCUCCUAUGCCACCUGCCUGGGCCCCUCCUGGGACUUUAUCACUGUGCCACACUUUUUGGAACUACUGGUUAGAAGCACCACCACCUCCAUUUUGUUCACCUGGCCAGCUGAAAACUCUUCAGGUUGCUAUCAGUCCCUGCAACAGUCAUCUUUCUGGAUAAAGCUGGCCUUCAAGAACUUUGCCUGGCCUGGACUGGGCUUGGAGGACCAUCAGGAAAUUGUUCUAGGCCAGUUGGUGCUUCCGGAGCCCAACGAGGCCAAGCCAGAUGAUCCUGCUCCACGUCCUGGGCAACACGCAUUAACAAUGCCGGCCCUGGAGCCAGCACCACCACUGCUGGCGGACCUGGGGCCUGCUCUGGAGCCAGAGUCACGUGCAGCCCUGGGUGUGCCCGGGUAUCUACAUUCAGCACCAGGGCCAGCACCAGCACCAGCACCAGCACCAGCACCAGGGGAAGGGCCCCCUCCAGGGACAGUGCUGGAGCCACAGUCAGCCCCAGAGUCCUCCUGUCCCUGUCGCGGGUCUGUAAAGAACCAACCCAGUGAGGAGCUGCCUGACAUGACGACCUUCCCUCCCAGGCUGCUGGCAGAGCAGCUGACCCUCAUGGAUGCGGAGCUGUUCAAGAAGGUGGUGCUCUACGAAUGCUUGGGCUGCAUCUGGGGCCAACGACAUCCGAAGGGGAAUGAGCACAUGGCACCCACAGUUCGUGCCACCAUCGCACACUUCAACAGGCUCACCAACUGCAUCACCACCUCCUGCCUCGGGGACCACAGCAUGAGUGCCCGGGACAGGGCCAGGGUGGUGGAGCACUGGAUCAAGGUGGCCAGGGAGUGCCUAAGCCUCAACAACUUCUCCUCGGUGCACGUCAUCGUCUCUGCUCUGCGCAGCAACCCAAUAGGUCAGCUACACAAGACGUGGGCAGGAGUGUCCAGCAAAAGCAUGAAAGAGCUAAAAGAACUCUGCAAAAAAGACACUGCAGUGAAGAGGGACCUGCUGAUCAAGGCGGGGAGCUUUAAGGUGGCCACCCAGGAGAGGAACCCCCAGAGAGCCCAGAUGAGGCUGCGGAGGCAGAAGAAGGGUGUGGUCCCCUUCCUGGGGGAUUUUCUGACUGAGUUACAGAGGCUGGAUUCGGCCAUCCCGGACGACCUGGAUGGCAACACCAACAAGAGGAGCAAGGAGGUCCGAGUUCUGCAGGAAAUGCAGCUGCUCCAAGUGGCUGCCAUGAAUUACAGGCUUCGGCCUCUUGAGAAAUUUGUCACCUAUUUCACAAGAAUGGAGCAGCUCAGUGACAAAGAGAGCUACAAGCUGUCCUGCCAGCUGGAGCCCGAAAACCCGUAGGCUGGCAACAUCCUGCAGUGGCUGGGAACCCACCGGGAUGCUGGCCAGAACACCGGCUCUGCACCAUCCCUCACCCAGACCGUAGACACCAGGGAACCACAUCUAGGAGGCUGGCAGCUCAGCUGCAUCUUGCCCUGGAUCCUCAUCACCAACUGCUCCUGCUGGCCAGGAUCAGGCCAUGGGACUUUUGCGAGUCACGCGGGAGACCAUUUUAUGUUUAUUUUCUUUAGUGGAUAAGUAAGGGUUUUUUCUUAACUUUCGUUAAAAUAAAAUUUUAAAAAACUA